AUGCCCCAGCAAACAGCACGCGGCCGCGUCCACACGUUUGGACUCAUUUCCGCCCCUGCUUCCCCUCAUUUCCGCCCCUGCUUCCCCUCCUUUCCCCCCACGCAUCCCCUCAUUUCCGCCCCUGCUUCCCCUCAUUUCCGCCCCUGCUUCCCCUCCUUUCCCCCCACGCAUCCCCUCAUUUCCGCCCCUGCUUCCCCUCAUUUCCGCCCCUGCAUCCCCUCAUUUCCGCCCCUGCUUCCCCUCCUUUCCCCCCACGCAUCCCCUCAUUUCCGCCCCUGCACGCAUCCCCUCAUUUCCGCCCCUGCUUCCCCUCCUUUCCCCCCACGCAUCCCCUCAUUUCCGCCCCUGCAUCCCCUCAUUUCCGCCCCUGCUUCCCCUCCUUUCCCCCCACGCAUCCCCUCAUUUCCGUCCCUGCAUCCCCUCAUUUCCGCCCCUGCUUCCCCUCCUUUCCCCCCACGCAUCCCCUCAUUUCCGCCCCUGCUUCCCCUCCUUUCCCCCCACGCAUCCCCUCAUUUCCGCCCCUGCAUCCCCUCAUUUCCGUCCCUGCCUCCCCUCCUUUCCCCCCUUGCUUCCCCUCCUUUCCCCCACUUCUUCCCCUCCUUUCCCCCACUGCUUCCCCUCCUUUCCCCCACUGCUUCCCCUCCUUUCCCCCACUGCUUCCCCUCCUUUCCCCCACUGCUUCCCCUCCUUUCCCCCACUGCUUCCCCUCCUUUCCUCCACUUCUCUGCCUCGCCUUUCCCCCCCGUGCUUCCCCUCCUUUCCCCCACUGCUUCCCCUCCUUUCCUCCACUUCUCUGCCUCGCCUUUCCCCCCCGUGCUUCCCCUCCUUUCCCCCACUGCUUCCCCUCCUUUCCUCCACUUCUCUGCCUCGCCUUUCCCCCCCGUGCUUCCCCUCCUUUCCCCCACUGCUUCCCCUCCUUUCCUCCACUUCUCUGCCUCGCCUUUCCCCCCCGUGCUUCCCCUCCUUUCCCCCACUGCUUCCCCUCCUUUCCUCCACUUCUCUGCCUCGCCUUUCCCCCCCGUGCUUCCCCUCCUUUCCCCCACUGCUUCCCCUCCUUUCCUCCACUUCUCUGCCUCGCCUUUCCCCCCCGUACUUCCCCUGCUUUCCCCCGCUGAUUCCCCUCCUUUCUUCUCCUCAUCCCUCCUCACCCCAUCCUUUCUUCUCCUCAUCCCUCCUCACCCCAUCCUUUCCUCUCCGCAUCCCUUCUCACCCCAUCCUUUCUUCUCCUCAUCCCUCACCCCAUCCUUUCUUCUCCUCAUCCCUCACCCCAUCCUUUCUUCUCCUCAUCCCUCCUCACCCCGUCCUUUCUUCUCCGCAUCCCUUCUCACCCCAUCCUUUCUUCUCCUCAUCCCUCACUCUACCAACUGGUUAUUGAACGUAGUGCUUUGUUUACAUACUGUGUUAUGGUAG